AUGUCUACCGACAAAGGUCUUCGAAAUUUGUUUCACCGUUUGGUCGAACAUAAGAUUACCAUCGAAGACUUGGCGAGUAUCCUGAAUGGUUUAAAGCCCUCAUCGAUCGCAGUCACCGCGUUGAGUCUUCAAGACAUCCAGAAGAUGUUUAGUCUCACGCGGACUGUAGAUGAUGAGUUUGACUCUGUUGUACCUGUCACUCUCCCCGAAGAACUCAAGCUCUGGCUAGAAAAGUCAGACCGCGCACUCGGCGCUAGCUCUGCAAACGAAGCCAUCAUCCGCUGCAAGCUCAACAUCCUCCUUGUCUGUGCUCAUGAUCUAGUAUCGUCAUCUCUCGAUAAAUCUGCACGACCCGUCAACAUCCAGAUGGAACGCCAAUGGGCUUUUAGCCCCGUGAAAUGGAAGGGGAAGCAACAUACACUAUCGGGACGUCCCGACUAUGGAAUCUGGUACGGAGACGAGGAAGACAUCGAGCUGAACGUGGUGAUCGUGGAAGCCAAGAGAUCAAUGGGCGGUACUCAAGGGAUUCCUCAGGCGCUGGCCUACAUGGCGUGCGUGCACCGCCAGCGUAAAGUUCUCGGCAAGGAAGACACUACCGUUUACGGUAUCUCUACCGAUACCAUACACUUCAUAUUUAUGAAGCUGGACAAUGAGUCUCGGUGGUCGAUGAAACCUGUCUGUGUCUUUGAGAACGAGUUCCAACAGGUACUUGGUCUCCUUGUAUACCUAAUGAAGAAGACGGCAUCAAUGUCGCCUACCACCUCCAAACGUUCGUCUCGCCGCACACACCAAGGGUCGGGGGAUUCCGACCUCAUCUUUGACCACAACCCUGACAUGGAUGAGGACAUGGAUGAUGAGUUGGGUGUGGAGUGA